AGAAGACUUUACAACCGAAUGUUAUUUAAGAAGAAGAGGUCGUUCGUUCUGCAUAACAACCAUCUUCCAGGAAAACAUCCGCCAUCAGCUUGACUGAAGAGAAUUAAAGAGCUAUCAUGGGAGCCGUCCUGGGACUCUGUUCCGUGGCCAGUUGGAUCCCCUGCCUUUGUGGUAGCGCCCCCUGUCUGCUGUGUCGAUGCUGUCCGAGCGGAAAUAAUUCGACCAUGACUCGCCUCAUCUAUGCCAGCUUCCUGCUGCUGGGAGUGGCCGUUGCCUGCAUCAUGUUGAUGCCUGGUAUGGAGGGCCAGCUCAAGAAGAUUCCAGGCUUCUGUGAAGGGGGGAUCGGUUCAACUAUCCCUGGCGUAGAAGGCCAUGUGAACUGUGACGUUCUGGUUGGUUACAAGGCUGUGUAUCGGGUUUGUUUUGGAAUGGCCAUGUUCUUCUUACUGUUCUCUUUGCUCAUGAUCAAAGUAAAGAGCAGCCAAGACCCCCGAGCUGCACUCCAUAAUGGAUUUUGGUUCUUCAAGUGUGCCGCAGCCCUUGGCAUUACUAUUGGAUCAUUUUUUAUUUCAGAAGGACCUUUUACUACUGUGUGGUUCUACAUUGGAAUGGCAGGAGCUUUUUGCUUCAUCCUCAUCCAGCUGGUUUUACUCAUUGACUUUGCUCAUUCCUGGAAUGAGUCCUGGGUGGAGAAGAUGGAAGAGGGCAACUCCCGCUGUUGGUAUGCAGCUCUACUUUCAGUCACUGCGCUGAACUACCUUCUGUCCCUAGUCUCUUUGGUCCUGUUUUAUGUGUACUACACCAUUUCUGAUGGUUGCACUGAAAAUAAGGUCUUCAUUAGCAUCAACUUGCUUCUCUGCGUCACAGCCUCUGUUAUGUCCAUUCUACCACAGAUUCAGGAGUCCCAGCCUCGGUCUGGCUUGCUGCAAUCCUCCCUGGUUACACUUUACACCAUGUACUUGACCUGGUCUGCAAUGACCAAUGAGCCUGACAGAAAAUGUAAUCCCAGCCUUCUGGGUAUAAUUGGGCUGAACAGCACCAGUCCUAAAGGCCGGGACCAUGUGGUUACGUGGUGGGAUGCUCAAGGGAUUGUGGGACUGAUUCUUUUUCUCAUGUGUGUCCUGUACUCCAGUAUUCGUAAUUCUUCAAAUGCCCAGGUCAACAAGUUGACUCUGACCACUGAUGAGUCUGCUUUGAUUGAGGACGGGCCUCAGACGGACAGCUUUGAGGAGGGCAGCAAUCUUAACAGAGCUGUGGACAAUGAGAAAGAUGGGGUCACCUAUUCUUACUCAUUUUUCCACUUCAUGUUGUUCCUAGCAUCACUCUACAUCAUGAUGACACUUACUAACUGGUACAGCCCUGACUCCAGUUACGAGACCAUGACCAGCAGGUGGCCAUCUGUGUGGGUGAAGAUCUCAUCCAGCUGGAUCUGCAUUGGCCUUUAUGUGUGGACACUAGUGGCUCCACUGGUCCUGGUUAACAGAGACUUUGACUAAAAGCACGCUCUGUUGUUGCUAACCAACAAAUUCUCGCAAUUCUUCCAGUGUUUUCUGUAAUCAGCUACAUUAUAUAACUUGCGCCCACUGACUGUGACGAGCUGAUUAGUCCUGGUGUUUUUGGCCUGUGCAGUCUGAGUAAAAUCUGUGUGCAUUUCAGCUUCAUUCUCAGUAAUAUUAACCUUUUUGUCCUUUUAAAUCUUGUAGCCUAUUUUAGUGAGUCCUUACACUGAUGCAGUUGUAAAUAUGUUGAGUUUGUUCUGUGGUGCAUCCAAAGUGCUAAGCUAGUUAAUAAGCAUGAUUUUGCAUUAAACAAUAAAUGUCUGUUUUUUCAGCUUUUAGCGGUGUUGUAAUGGUCUAAAUUGGCUCUAGUUGUCAGCCUAACAGUAGAGAUCUCUGUACUUAAGGACAGGUGAAAAGCUGUUCCACUUCUUUGCAUGAGCAGUGCGGUUUAGAUGUUUUCUGUUUGCAGCUUGCACAUACAUAACAGACAUUCUUAUGUUUAUUGACUCUAAUCAAUAUUGUCUAUUAUGUAAAAAUAAAACUGGUUAAAAAUA